AUGGCGGCGAUUUCGAAUCUUGCCGGUUGUAGUCACGGCGGCAGCUCAGUCAAUUUUGGAGAGAGGAGGUUAACGUUUCGACCGACUCCCGCAUUGAAGACUCGGAUUUCUUGGCCCUCCAAGAAUCCGUUAGCUGUUGGUCACUUGGGCAAGGGAUAUAAGAAUUCUGGUGUUCGUAUGGCAUUAGUUGAUGAGAAGCUGGCUAGAAGAGGAGAUUUGCCCAAGCCUUCUGACAUCCUGGCAUUUGAUCUUGUUCAAGGAGCACUUGUAAAAUGGAGUUCGGUUACGGACAGGUCAUUACCUGAGCCUCCAACAGCUGUUUUUCUGCAUGGUAUUCUAGGGUGUAGGAAGAACUGGGGAACCUUUACGAGGAGAUUGGCACAAGAAUUUCCAACAUGGCAGUUUCUGUUAGUGGACCUGCGGUGUCAUGGUGAUUCAGCAUCAAUUAAGAAAAGGGGACCCCAUACUGUUUCUUCCACUGCUCUUGAUGUCUUAAAACUAGUUCGACAGCUUAGAUUAACGCCUCGGGUUUUAGUUGGCCACAGUUUUGGAGGGAAAGUUGCCUUAAGCAUGGCAGAGCAAGCUGCAAAGCCUCUUGCACGACCAGUCAGGGUUUGGGUUCUAGAUGCUACACCUGGAAAAGUUCGUCCUGGUGGGGAUGGGGAAGACCAUCCAGAAGAAUUGAUAUCUGUCCUAAGCACACUGCCACAAGAGAUUUCCUCAAAGCGGGAUGUUGUGGAUGUUCUAGUUCGAAAAGGGUUCUCCAAAGAUGUGGCACAGUGGGUGGUUACUAAUCUUCGACCAACUGGUCCUCUUGGUUCAUCACCAUCAACCUUCUCAUGGGUGUUUGAUCUCAAGGGAAUUUCUGAAAUGUAUAAAUCUUAUGAAGAGACAAAUUUAUGGAAAAUUGUUGAAGAUGUGCCUCGAGGUGUCCAUGUGAACUUUUUGAAAGCAGAAAGGAGCUUGCACAGAUGGGCUCUAGAAGAUCUCCAGAGGAUUCAUGCUGCUGAGGAGCUUGCUGCUGAAGAGGCAGCUGGAGUUGAAAUGCAUGUCCUUGAGGAUGCAGGCCACUGGCACAUUCGCACAGCUGCUCAUGUUCAUUCUUCCAUUUUCAGGUCCAUGCAGAUAAUCCAGAUGGGCUCUUUAAGAUUCUUUCCUCUUCUUUCCAGUGAAUCAAAACUUGAGGCAGCUUUAGCAUGGUCUUACUUGAUCAGUUCAGACAUAGCAGCAUUCUACUGA